CCCCGCGGCAUGGGCGUGAAUCAUUCAUCCGCAUUUCUCUUGGAUGAUGUGAGCAGAGAAAUGGGGCGUUGUGGAAACUCAGAUAUUCAUUCGUGGAUGAACAGACCAAGUUACCGUAUUGUAUCCAAGAGAGGAGCUUCAAGAAAGGAAGGAAAGGCACCCCGCCUCUUGGUCAAAGAGUACUGACACUGCAAUGGGCAAAGAGGGACGACAAGAAGACUUCGAACAUAAACAGAAAUUGGCGAAAGACACCAUCCAAACAUCCAAGGGGAGGUUUUACCUUUCAUGCGUGGAACCGGUCGGGAGUGUUCCCUUCUAAUUCCUUGGAAAGCACUCUCCGUCUUGGUGUUUUUUUUUUGUUGUUUUUUUUACAUACAUUUUUUAUGAACAAGAAGAACAUGGCUAAGUUGUUCCGAGCUGCUAUUAUGGGUCCUCCAGGGUCAGGUAAAGGAACCAUAUCCGAGAGAAUUGCGCAAAGUUUUGGCCUGCAAUAUCUAUCCAGUGGGCACUUUUUGCGUGAGAGCAUCGCGGCAAAUACAGAGGCAGGUAUGCAGGUAAAGACCUACGUGGAGAGAGGCAUGCUGGUGCCUGAUCAUGUGAUGACCAAGCUGAUGAUGCCCAGACUGGAACAAUUGAGUGGCAAAAGCUGGCUUUUAGAUGGUUUUCCACGGACACUUGCUCAGGCACAGACCCUGAACAGUUUGUACCAGCUUGACAUGGUCAUCAGCCUCAACAUCCCUUUUGAAACGCUUAAAGACAGACUCAGUGACCGCUGGAUCCACCCGGGUAGCGGCCGAGUAUACAACAUGGGCUUUGACCCGCCGAGAGUGCAGGGCAAAGAUGACGUCACCGGGCAGGACCUGAUUCAGCACGAUGACGACAAACCAGAAGCUUUGAUGGCCAGACUGAGACACUACAAAGAUGUGGCUAAGCCCGUCAUCGACUUAUACAAGUCACAGGGAAUCCUGCACUCAUUUUCGGGUACAGAAACCGAUCGGAUUUGGCCGUACAUCAACUCUCUCCUCAGCAAGAUGCACACAAAGCCAUUACAUGCCUGUCAGAGUCAGGCGCCCUGAAUCUUGGAAAAGACCGCAGAGAACAUCAAGAAGACGGUCAAUAGGUCGUCAUCCAGGUCUUGUUCAUCAUUGGAAUGGAGAAAUAACAGCUUUAUAGAUAUUUGCAAUGAUAUAGUGGAAUUAUAUUUAGUCCAUCGCUCACCCAGAUAUAAGAACAAUUUUAGUAUGCUUUAGAACAGUCUACACAAAACAUUCGUAUCUGAUUACACAAAAAGACUUGAGCUGCAUGCAUGCAACAAUGGCAAAGAUACUGAAACAGUCGCUUUUUGAUGUAGUUCAUCACCCUCACAAUGUGUGAGUUCAAUUUAAACUUUGCAUAUCCUAACGCAACAUUUUUUUCCCGCUAUCUCGAAAAUCUCAAAUCAGAAGAUGGUCACUAAUAAUCCACGAGACUUGUUACAUAAAGGAAGUUGAACUGGAGCAACAAAGCAGGACCUGGUGUAUAAACUAGAGUAGGGGUGCCCAAACUUUUUUUCUCCAAGUGCCAAAUUGAAAAUGUGUUAAUGAGCUAUGGACCAAACACAGCGAUUGUAAGUGUGAAACUCAAAUAGCCUUUAAAUUAGUGAAAAUAAGAUGGAUAGAUGAAGGGCUGCCCAUUGCUAAAUUGGUGCCCUAAGCACUGCCCUAUAACCUUUCACAUAAUUUUUUACAGUUUCACUCAUCUUCAAUUUAAUUAGAUGCCUAAAAUGAUUUAAUGGGAAAGAAAUUGUUCAAUAACUGCGAUUGGCUGGUGACCAGUCAAGACUGAAGUCAGCUGGGAUAAACUCCAGCUUAACCGUGGCGUAUAACAGAUUUGCAAACUUCGCUUAUUGCCACCACUUCCAUUCGGGAUCAAAUCCAGUUUGACUGCCUUGCAAGAUAAGUGCAUUAAUGCUGCACGCCAUGGAAGAUUGAGCAGGAAGGGGCUUGAAUAAGUUCGAAGUAAAAUUUUAUAAAAAGGCGCAUUGUCAUUUAGUGGUUACUAGGGAUGUAACGGUAGCAAAAUCUCCAUUAAUCCAUCCAUCAAUCCAUUUUCUACAGCUUGUCCCUUUAGGGGUUGUGGGGGUGGCUGGAGCCUAUCCCAGCUGCAUUCGGGUGGAAUGCGGGGUACACCCUGGACAAGUCGCCACCUCAUCGCAGGGCCGCCACAGAUAGACAACAUUGACACUCACAUUCACACACUAGUGUUGCCAAUCAACCUAUCCCCAGGUGCAUGUCUUGGGAGGUGGGAGGAAACCGGAGAACCUGGAGGUAGCAAAAUCUCACGGUACAAUAUCAUCACGAUAUUGAGGCCAGGGUACAAUAUUUACUUAAAAAUUCCAUAGUAUAUAAAGUGAUAUGGCUGCAAUGUUUAUGAUAUAAACAUCCAGUGUAACAAGAUUAAAACAAAAAUGAGUGUCUUUCAACUUAAAUUUAGAGAAACAGUGUCUACUGUAAUAUAAUUUUUUCAUAUCACUUUGGAAAAUGCUGAUUCUCAGUAAAAUUAACUAAUAAUUUAACGUUAAAUAAUGUAAAUACCACGAAAACUGAUGCUUGGCCUUGCUGACAUUAAAUACAUUUUCCUGGUGAUGGUUUUUCAUGUAGCUUCUCAUAUUACUUAUCACCUCGCAUGUAGUGUCACCAAAUUGUUUUUUUUUUUGUCCGCGGCGUAUUUAUUACUUAAAACAUGGAUAACAAAUCCAUUUAAACCACAAGUUGAUUCAAUAUUACUGAAAAAUAAGGUUUUGUUUGUCCGUCUGUUAGUAACAUAACUCAUAUUUCUCUUCCUUUUUCCAACCUCUCACACACAGACCUCUUGCGCUACACAGGAAAUUUUGGGAGGUGUAGUUUACUUUACAGACCGGCCAAUUCAAACAUGUCAGAAAAAAACUCCACUGACCAAGUUUAAUUUUUACGGUCACGUACACGUACAUCCCGGCGUUAUUGUGAGGAUUUUGAUACCGCAAAACUGCGGUAUUUACAAUACCGUUACAUCCCUAAUGAUUACCAUUUGAUCAUUUUCAUCAUCUUCAUUAUUUUACAUAUGUCUAUUUAUGCAAAAUGGGGCCCCUACAGGCCGAUACGCACAGCACAAGAGCUGCGUACUGGGUAGGGGCAGCUCUGGCUUGAUAGCAACUAGUUAGUCAUCGAUGUUUGUGUGAGCUUGAAAAAGGUCAGUAUGAACAUUUAUUAAAUUUGGGAAGCCAGUCUUUGGCGGGCCAAACUAAACGACUCGGCGGCCCUUUGGGCACCCCUGCACUAGUAUAUUUAAAACCGCUGAACCUCUUAAGGUUUUGAAGACAGACCUAUUUGUUCACAUUGCAAAUCCAUUUCCCCCAUAGAAAUAGGUUAAAGUUCAAAUAAGCAUUUCCAGAAUAAAUUCCAGUCUAAAAGACAGCUGCCAUAUAUGUCUGCUGUAAACCAAUGAGCCCACCACUAUACCGGAAAAUCAUAUCAAAAUAAAAUGAAAACCUUUGGUGCGUAGCAGACGGGUUUACUGUUCUGUGGCCAUUGUCACACUUUUCUUCCUUGCCAUCGCUGUAGUGUUAUCACAUAAACACUCAUUUAAGCCUUUAGAUCAGUGGUUCUUAACCUUGUUGGAGGUACCGAACCCCACCAGUUUCAUAUGCGCAUUCACCGAACCUUUCUUUAGUGAAAAAUGUAAAUGUUUUUUUUUUUCAAAUUCAAGACAAAGUUAUAUGUUUUUGGUAACACAUUAGUAUGGGGAACAUAUUCUAAGUAACAAAGACUUAAUUUAGAGUCAUUUGGACACUAGGGGAACAUAUUCUAAGUAAUAAAGACUUAAUUUAGAGUUAUUUGGUUAGGGUUAGGGUUAUAUUAUAAUAAGCCAUGCCGAAUAAAGCAUUAAUAAGUACUUAAUAAUGACUAGUUAAGAGCCAAUAUGUUACUAAUUUGCAUGUUAAUAAGCAACUAAUUAAUGGUGAAUAUGUUCCCCAUACUAAAGUGUUACCAUGUUUUUUACUGGUGCACAAAAUGAACUGUGCAUGAACAUCACCUUGUUCAAACAAAACCAACACAGUGCAUAAACUCACAACAAAUUACACACCUGCAAACCAGUCAGCUUUUGCCAUAUCCGUAAUACGCCGAUAGGGAGAAGUUUGUAUUUACACGAUGAGUCGGGUGUGUUUUGACCUCCGCCGAACCCCUGAAGCCGACUCACCGAACCCCUAGGGUUCGAUCGAACCCAGGUUAAGAACCACUGCUUUAGAUGCUUACAAUGCUCAUUUAAAUGCUUACUUCUUCCACAACAGAAACUGUUGAUGCAAAUCUUGCAGAAAUUUGUUUAGCUUUAGGGUGUUCUAAAUUAGUUCCACUGUGUAGCAACAGGUCUCUUUUCCUUUCUCGCUCCUGAUUUGUGGUGUCAUUGACGGCAGUUGAAAGGGUCACUUUUCCAAAAGGUGCAGGCAGGUAUUUGCUGUAUAUGAUGUGCUAUGUGCACUAGGCAGCUGUUGUGUAACUAUGCUGUGGAAUCAUGUUACUUGUUACUAUUUUGUUACUAUUAUCUCAGCCGAUUUAGAAGUAGGAUCAUGCAUAUUUAUCCAUGAACAAGAAAUACACAUCCCUCUUAUUAUGUUUGCGCUAGGAUGCUGCAAACCGUCAACUAAAAAGACUCUCUCAUGGCUAGAAUCAUUACCUACGCCCAGAAUAAUUGCAAUGUUUUACUUCUUGAAAUUGCAGUGUUUACCCUUAAAAUAAAUAGUAUAAUUUUUGGGGGGAUCUAUGACCCAGCCAAUGGCGAAAAAACCCCGCAAAUAAUGAACGCACCUAAUUUUUAAAAAAAAAAACUAAAAAUGGUGAACUUUAAAAAAAAAAAAUGACACUCCCAAUCAGGGGUCUCCAACAGGUAUCUUAAGUCCCACCACCUGAUUUUGAGUAGCUCACGCAAGUCAAAGAAUAUUUGCAUAAUACCUUUUGUGACAUUUGAUUUUAAUUAUCUUCAAAGCGAAAUGGCGUAAAAACAUUUUGGAUUUUUUUAUUUUUAUUUUUGCUCAAAGUUUACAAAAAUAUCAGUACAUAGCAAAAAUAUUAAACAUGCAUUGUUUUUUUAAUAUAUAUUUUGACCCUUUAAAGGCCUUUUUGAUCAGAUAAUGUCACAUAUGAGUAAAAAAACAUUACUGUUAUGCAAAUGAAUAUACAAUGCAUUGGGGCGGUGUGGCUUGCUUGAUAGAGCAGCCGUACCAGCAACUCGAGGGUCCCAGGUUCGAUCCCGCUUCCUCCGUUCUCGCACUGCCGUUGUGUCCUUGGGCAAGACACUUUACCCGCGUGCUCCCAGUGCCACCCACACUGGUUUAAAUGUAGCUUAAAGAUGUAGAUAAUGGGUUUCACUAUGUAAAGCGCUUUGAGUCUCUAGAGAAAAGCGCUAUAUAAUUCACUUCAUUAUACUUAUUAAAAACUAUGACAUCAUCGUUUUGGUAUUUUUGUUGAGGGGUUGAAGAUGAUUAAAAAGAGUUGAGCAAAAACAGUAAUAAGAACAUUUUUAUGCCCUUUGAAAAAUUAAGAAAAUUAACUGCGGAGUGUAUGCACCUGUGAGAGAAUUGGAUACUAAAAUGUUUUAAUUUAUCCCAAAAAAAAAACCCUCUAGUGAAAUCAUGUACAAUGGAAGAACACAACAAAAGAACUCAAGUAAAAAGGUACUGAAAGGGAAAAAAAUGUGGCCUUUGCCCCCUAAAAUAAUUCAAUGUAUUUUUAGUGCUGUCAAACAAUGUUUUCAAAUCAGAUUAAUCCCACUUUUAAAUAAUUGCGGAAAAUUACUUGUUUGCAUAAUUUUAAACUAACUUAAAAAAAAGAUCCCAAUAUUAGUGACAGAAUGUUGUACGUGGACAUUGUUUAUGUUUUACAUGAAACCCUUCAACCGUCUGCGGUUAAGACAUUGCAGUGCAAUUAAACUGUGAUUAAUGUGUUCAGACACGAUUAUUACAAUGUUUUUUAUGAUUAAUCGCAUGGCGUUAACUUUGACAGCCCUAAUAUUUUUACAAGUGUUCAACUCUGAGAUUAUGCCUCCAUGUAAUGACAAAUACCCACAAAAUAAAAAAUAAAACACAAAUAGCUCCCCUCACCGUUUUUAUUGUCAAAGCUGCUCUAAUAGUGAUGCAUGUUGGAGACCCUUGUUCUGUCUAAAUCAUAAGAAUACUCUCAAACAUAUAAAACAUAUUUUACUAUAGGAAACCAACACAGAUUUGUACUUACAAAACGUGCAGUUACACAACAUCACAUCUUGUCAAAGCAUUUUUCGGUGCUGGAAAAUGUUAAGUGAUCACUGCAUCACUAUUUUCCCCCCUGCAGAUAGUGCCAUCACAUUUAACUUUGUAUUUGAAGUUACCAUAAAAAAACACAUUUCUUACAGCAAAUAGGCAAGGAUCUACAGUAGGAAGGGGAUUCAUAUGGUCCUAUUCGCCGCAGUUUACCGACAAAUUGUAGGGGAGGGGUGCACUCUUCACUUUAGCCGCCAGACGGCAGUAGAGGCGUUGAAUAUUUUAAAAUGUCUUUUGUGGCAAUUCCAACUUUUACCACUGCGUCAGUUGUUAUGUAGAGUGGCGCUUUCCAUCAUUUUCCGCAGACCGCAUUGCAAAAUGAUUAACUCCUCACCUUCCUCUCACGCGAGAUUCACCAAGGAUUGGGUCCUUUUGAGUCCCUUCCCUACUGCACCUGCUCUAUGUUGUUUCGCCAGUUUUCGCUUCAUUAUCUUCAAUCCACACCUGUGAAAAGUAAUUACAGGAUGUAUCACAUUUCGCCUCCAUGUGCAGAGUCCGGUGCCAAAUGCAAAGAUUGUGUAUUUUUAAAUGUAUUAUUUCACACGCCGCAUUGCAGUCCUUCUCCACAUAUUUAGUAAUCUCUGCUAAGAAACAAACAUCUAAGUAUUGUUGCAGAAAAAAUAUCCAUAUUUACUGACUAUAGUGGCUUAGCUGAAUAGCAGCUGAAAAUGUUAUUGUUUUUUUUUCCUCUGUUGUUCAGAAUACUUUUAUGUCUAUGCAAAAGGUCAACAGAUGUGACUCUCUUUUGUGAGUUAAGAUUUGUUUUUGUAUGGAAGACUGAAUGUGACCUCACCUAAGAGUUUGACUCAUCAUUGCAUGUGCGUGUGGAUUUGGACAAAAGACUGAAUGAUUGGGUGGGGUAGAAAGAUAUUAGUGUUCACAAUCAUGACACGCUGCUCUUGUGUAAGAAUUGGCUUUUGUUAAGUUUUGCUAUUUUAAUAGGAAUUAUAUUGAUCUUCUUACAUUCCAAACACAAUAAAAACAUUUUUCCCCCA